UGGAAUCUAAAAGUAAUGUCGGAGCGACAAUUGGAUGCCUUUCAGGUAUUCUUAAUUACGCCAAAAGAGUAAUAACCAUGCCUGAUAAGGUUCAACUCGAGAAUUUAUUAAAUCCCGAUGACGACCAUACGGAAUUUUUUGACAAUGAUUAUUAUUAUGACUGUAAUGGCACGAAAUUUGGAUUGAGUCUCGAAAUCAUUAAGCAGUUGAUUCAGAUUUACUUCUCAUCAUAUUUGUCGACAGUGAACAUUUUGAUAAAUGAUGAGAAUUCAAGAAAUGAACUGAUCUGUGAAAAUACUCGUCAAGUACUAACUAAUGCUCUUGAAUGGUCUAAAG